GUUAACGCAUGCGCAAACAUUUUUCCGCGGUGUUAAGUCAAUUAACUUUACUUUUAUGAAAUUAUGAAAUUAUAAAGUAGUUUUAGUGUACCAAUCAGAACGCAUAUUUGUGUAAGAUGUCCGGAAAAUUCACUAAAAUAAAUAGACGUACAAAAUUGAAAACAUUUCAAAAACAAACAAAUAGUCUUCCCUUGAUUGUAUUUCAAUAUUUUUUGCAAAGACUGGCACCAGUAAAUAGAUAAAUUACAGGACUGGUAUUUAAUAACAUCAUUUCACCCUUGAGUGAAUUUGACAGGAAUCAGCCGUCUUCGCGGGGGAAGAAACAAAGAAGAAAUAAACCGAAUUUCUUCAGGUAUGACAAUUAUUAAAUUAUGGGCAAAUUUUGUGCGCGAAACUAGUAAGAGGUUUAAUCUCAUCUUUAAAUCUUCACUGAUUAAUGUCACGUGAAAAUUUGGCACUGUUAUCAGUAGGAUGCUUUACAUUAUCCAAUCGCAAACAUCGGAUAUUACAGCAUUUACAAAGCAUGUUCAAUCUAAGCGUAAAAUUGUCUCGAUUUUUACAGAAUUUCAUUAGGAAAAAAUUAUAUAUUAUUUUAAUAAUCUACCAUGGUCUGUGUACCUAAGCAACUAAAACACUCAUCGACAUAUCGAGCGAAAAUUUAUCGUCCUAACGAGAGGCUUUCGGUUGAAACGUCAAAGUGUUUAUAGUAAUUCGUGGAGUUCAGACAAACCAAGCGUGGCAGCCUAUUGUAGAAAACUAUCAUCACUGGAUCCCCACGUUUGAGAUAUAUGAUUUUAAUACUUAAUUAUUACAUAGAGUAGAAGGUCAUAUCAGGGAAUGUUACAAUUUUCAAACAGCAUAACUGAAAUGUCUGGGAAGAUACAGUCUGAAAGUUAAAUUGUAUGAUGGAACUAAUCUCGAAUUAUUAUAAGAACAUUUAUAUUCACUGGUUUUCACGUUGCAAAAGAGUUGAACUCCUUCACUGCUUUUGAAGCGGCGGGAGCGCGUUCAUAAACCUUUCGUCGACAGCUAUGAGUCAACAACGUUGAUUUAUGGAAGGGUGUCUGUCAGAAAUGUAGCUCUUUUAGUCCUUUUAACAAGCUUUGAUAGUCGCUCAGAGCCUGCAUAUAAGACGUUUUGAGCCGGUUUGUUCAUUGAAUGAGCAUCACUCAUAAUGAGGAUAAUGAGCAUAAAGUCUGCAGUUGACAGUUAUGGUCAAUAUUUACUGUUGCUAAGGCGAUAUUGCUAGGGAGAUUACAAUGUAGUCAAUAUAGGCUUACGCUUUUACAUCCGGGUCUUACAUACGGGACUUAAAUCUGGCCCCCAAUAAGAAACUUGAUUGUGUCCUUAAGUUUGAUCGUCAUCCCCAUUCCACUGUUUCAUAAACUUUAUGUUGACUAUAAUAUGAUCACGUGCACAUUGUCAGCCCCGAGUUCAUGCUACUGUUUUGCGUGCACCCAAGGAAAUUCAGAAAGUGUCAAUUUUUUGUUAUGCAGACAACGAGUUCAUCUUCAUUAUUACAAAUUAUUCUCUUAAAUUACCAGGUAUCUUCAUUUUCUAAUUGUUUAUAUACAUAAUAUCAUUAUUGCAUUAAUAUUUUUACGUAGCAAUCACUAUGACUUCGUUCUGGCCAUUGAAAAGCAGCCUCUUGGCUAUUUUACUCAUUUGUGCUCAUCAGUGCACAGGAAAAGCAACUAAAAGUAAGUUAUCUCAAACGUAGUUACCUGUUAAUAAAUUUAUACGUCUCUUUUUAUAAGCUAUUGACAAUAUGUUAAAACUAACUAAAAACGAUUCGGAAUUGAUAAUAAUUAUAUAAUAUUUCAAUUAAUUCAUGAUGUUAAUCAUUUUAUAAGAUAAUUUAAUAGAAUGAUAGUUUGAUCAGAAUUCGCAUCCGCAGUAAAUCUGAAAUUGAUUAUUUCGUAGUCGCUUAUUACAUACUGUAUGGUUGCGUAAAUGUGUCUAAAUCUAUCUUAAUCAUGAAAACGAGGCUCUAUAAACAAGACUACGCAUUUUCCGAAAGGGUGUAUUACAAAUACAUCUAAGUAAUCACGUAGUUCGCUUUCUAAUAUAAAGUACUGUUCAUCGUUUUCUAAUGGCAGUGACAAGAUAAAGCGCUCUCAAGUCAAUGUACCAGACACGGAAACGAUGCUCUUUAGGCAUGCAUGCCUUCGAGUAGUCUUGUAAAUUAGGCGCAAGCCAAUUUUAAUAACUAGACCUUUUGCGGUGUAUAAUUUUAAUAUACUUUUAAUUAAGGUUAAUUCAUUACCCUAAAUUCUCGAUUAGCUUCUCCUUUUUAAUCCUCCAGCUUGGUUGAGAAAGGAAUAUAUCAACAUCGUCGUCCUGCCCGUCAUAUUGACAACUAAGUAGCCUACUAGUUAAAACAUGAACAGCCGAUCUUUAUCUGAUAUACAAACUCGAGCCGAAGGCAAGAGUUUGUAUAUCAGAUAAAGAUCGGAUGCAAAUGUUUUAGCGUAUUUAUAAAACGACCCAUCUUACGAGUUUAUAGGCAAAGAAAUUUUUAAAAUAAACUUUGUCUAAGCAGAGAAAAUCAUAACUGAAGUUUAUGUAAAUCAGGACAAAUCUUUAUCCGAUUUACAAACAUUGAUUAAACAUUCAUUUUUUUUUAAAUUUUGUACAUGAAUUAUUAUUAAUGAGUAUUUUAAAUUGUUAUUGCAUAAGAUUUUUGUACCAAUUGUCUGAUAUUUUCUGGCUUAUUAUAGCUAAAGGAAAAACAGGUGGACUAGAUGCCCAAAAAGCAAAAGAAGUACAUAAAGCUGUCUCGCAAUUACUGGAACAUAAAAUCGGUAGGUUAAGAAUGGGUCACAUACUCACAGCUCUAUAGCAGUUCUUAAGGUGUAGUUAAAUUUUCCUAUUUCCCCACAAACUGUAUAUAUGUAGACAGCUUUUACAAGUAACAGAGCGUACAAUAUAUGUCAGGAUUUCAGUCAAGAAAUUAAUAAUGUUAAUUAUUGACUUUGAAAGGCCAGAAAUUGAAAGAAGCUGCAAAAGAAGUGAAGCAUGCUGUUGACAACGCAUUAGGUAAGAAAGAUUAAACUUAGAAAUUUAAGAUAUUUUCUUUUUCUUCACUAUAAUUUACAUUCAAUUUUGUCCUCUAAAUUUCGGGAAGGCCAACCAUAUUUCUGAUGCAUGUCAUGAUAAAAAAUAAUAGAGCAGAAUGAGACUGUGGAUUAAUAGUUAUUUACGAAAAUAUUUUACAUCUGCAUAUACAUUAAAGAUGAUGUCCACUUCUGUGCGCAUGCGCGAACGUUGUUUAUGUUUUGAACUGCUAUAUUUGUAAAAUAUAAUAUACUUACUGAAUAUCUAACACUUUUCUGAUUCGCUAUGCUUGUAAAUUAAUACAAACUCUUCGUUUCAAGUAAAAAAAGUUCGAAAGAUGCAAAAUUGGGGCAAUGUUUAUUUCUGGGGUCCCUCUUUGUUAUGAGAAAAACUGAUGCGCAGAACGGAGUGGAAAUCAUCUUUUAAUAUAUACCAUGUUGUCCCAACUGAAAUAUUUCAACACUCUCUACGCCCCGUUUACACUAUACCGAAUUACUUUCCAUACCGGAUUAAUUUUCACUCCGAAGUAAAAACAAGGGUAUUUACACUAUGCAUGCCGCUUCGCUCUGUUGCCAGCUCAUGUCUCGCUGUCGCCAUGGAAACAAGUAAUAUUUUUUGCCAGUAUACUAAAAUGUAUUAAAAGCAAUAAGCAACACACGUUUUCCUUGUAAGGUAUAACUUUGUUUAAAAAGCUCGACCACCAGACGUUGCUUCGUUUCGCUCUAAUCCAAAAUUGACUAGCAUUUCUUUAAAUUUUGCCCUAUCGAAAGGGAAAAGUCAAUGUUAUUGUCGUUUUCUUUAUUUGUCUUCGCCAGAAAUAGUAAAUGGUUGUAAGGCGAAACAAGCGACAGCUCUAAAGUACUGUAAAAGCGAGCAAAAAAGGCGCCAAUGGUAAAACGUACACGCCAAAACCGAUUUUGUACCGAAGCGUACCAGUUUGGCCUGAUUAUACACUGCUUCGGCACAUACCCGAUUACAUUUCAUAUCAUCUCCAAAGCGGAGUGAUUUUUACGCCGCAUCGCGCGUACCGGAUGACUGUGGCGUAGUGUAAACAGCAGCCGAAUCCGGUAUGAAAAUCGCUACGCUGCGAUGCAAUCCGGUAUAGUGUAAACAGGGUCUAAAUUAAUGUGGUGAUUAAUUUUAUAAAGAUGCAAUCAUGUUAAACAUGCUGUCAUGAAUAUUAUUGAAUAUUGACUGAAUCCAAAUUUACCUAACCACCAAAAUUGUUGCCUAACCACCAAAAUGCAUCAAGGCAAUUUUCAACCAUAAUGCAUUAAGGGGUUAGUAUAGGCAAAGGCACGUCUAAAAUUGUUAGAAAACUCAUUUACCUACUAAACCUUCCAUAAAAAUGUCAAAACGUUUGCUUGUUACACAAAAAAAUCGUUUGUUCAUGUUAUUUUUUGUGUUUAUUCUUUUAUUCGUGUAUGUAUAAAGCUACUGCUUGCUAUAAAAUUACAUAUACCGCUGGUUCAAUCAACAGUGUUAUCUGUAGAUUGCCUUAUUUCUAUACUAGAUUACAAGUAGCUGUAAGCUAUUGGCGAAUCAGAAGACAUGUAUAGUGACUACAAUGUAUAAUAAAAAGUGUUAAAGUAGCAUUUAAUACGUUUACCAAUUCUUUACAGGAAAACAUCUGAACAAUGCUCAUCAUAUUCUCAAACACAAAGACGGUAUGUGAACAAAUUCAGCAAGUGGUUCUUGAGAUAUAUAUUUUUUGAGAUAUUCAUUCAAAUUUCAUAUAUCGACAUAAAUAACAAAUUAUUUAAUAAUAGUCUUAGCAUUAAGCUCUACAUAUACAGUUUGCAUUUUGUUUUGUCACCGGCAAUAAAGAUGAGUAAAAUGAUGAGUAAAAACAUUGCGGACUACCGUACAUAACAGUAUACACCCUAUGUUGUCUUGUUUCGAAAGUUGUUGUUCAGAUUUUAUAGAAAAUAAAAUUUUGUUCAGAAAGCUUUCUAUUUUGCGAAAAUAAAAUCUCGCGAAAUAUUGCCUCGAAACGUCGCGAAAUUAAGUAUUUAUUUAUGGACAAUGUUGUAUUAAAUUGCAGUUUUGACAGUGUCAUACAUCGUAAUUUGGUAUUUUAUUGCUUUUAAUUUAGCUCUCGUAUACAGUUUUGAUUAGAUGUCAAUCUCGGCACGAUGUAACAAUAUGAAUAAGCUCAUUUUCAUUACUGUUUUAUAACAAUUAUUAAGCCGCAGAUGUUCUUUAUCUUUUAAUUUAUUUUUGUUUGUUGUUGGCAGACGACACGUGCAAAAAGUCUUCGCUUCAUGUCACUUUUAAUUGGUGCUAUGUAAUAUGCAGCUGGUAGAUUUAUUUCUGAUAAAAGAUCACUUUUUAGAUAACACUUAUUUUACUGGGACCGGAAGAAGCAGUACGAUUUGCGAUUCCGACACAUGAUUAUCAUAGAUAAUCAAAUAACGGAUCUAAUCAUGUGAUUUAAUGUUCAUAUAAUGUAGAUAUUUCAUCAGACUUUUAAUAUUUUGAAGGAAGGCGAAGGGGGGAGGGGGAGGUGUACACUCAUUAUCGAAGAAUACCGGCAAAAUUCAAUCGCCUGGCGUUAAGGCUCUUUUCUCAUCACAAAAACACCUCUCAGCGAGCUUGCGAGUGCUUGCGAGGACUAGUGAGUAACUCGCAGCGAGCUUGCGAACACUCGCAGCGAAGUUAAAUAAUUUGAACAAUAUUUUCUGAUCGCGCGAACAAAGAAGACCAGUAGCCAAUAGAAUUCUAUGAAAAUAUCACAUGACUACCAUCAAAUAUCACGUGGCGAACCCAAAAACAUUUUACAUACUUGAGACGUCUUCUCCUACGUCGUCUUAAAUAAAGAAAGAGCAAAAGGCGCAGAUUUAAAGCGGCCGCCAUUUUGCAAAAACGUGAAUUAGUCACGCGAGAUGGAAGUGUGGAAAUUGAUCUGCGAGCUUGCGAGGACUCGCAAGCUAGCUGCGAGCUGUUUUUGCGAUGAGUGGAAAAGAGCCUUUAGCAAGAAUCAGUGGCAAAUCUACCCAGAGCAAAAAUUCAGAAAAACGAUUCAAUGUAGUUUGCUAUGUUUCGAUAAUUUUGUUCCAUAACGGCUUGUUCAAUAACAUUUCAAUCAAUUAUAUACGACUUUGUAUUACAAGAUGCCCUAUAAUAUUGCCUAUCAAAAUAUUCUACCAAAUGCGCCAAUUGAAAUAUCUUGCCUACGAAACAGUUUCUGUUUAGCCAUAAAUUUUGCAAUUAGUCCUUUAAGGCCCGUUUCAUACGCCGUACUUCACAUGUGCUGAAUACAUUAAAGACAAUAGAUAAUGAGCUGAAAUGCCUCAUUAUCUAUUGUUUUUAAUGUAUUCGGCACAUGUGAAGUACGGCGUAUGAAACGGGCCUAACCAAGCGCGGAAAAGCAAUAAAUAUGUUUAUAAAUAUUGCAUCCAUGCAAUUUUAAUUCAAAUUCAACCAAACUUAAUAAUUCUUCAUUGGACCUUGUAGUACAUCAUUUUGUCUUUGUUCCAUGUAUAGCAUGCACAUUUUCUUAUUUUUAAACCAUUUAACACUUCAUGAGUUAUUGGUGAUAAAAAUACACACACAAAGAAAACUUCGUGAGUUAUUGGUGAUAAAAAUACACACACAAAGCAAACACACAAACAACCAAACAAGCCGAGGUGUUUGUGAAAACGUAACCUUCUCACGGAGGUAAUUAAUUAUAUUUUAGAAUUCGAGCUUGAAGGUUUCCCAGAUGCAGUGGAAGAAGUUAAAAACAGUGAAGACGAUGGUUCACUCUCUGAUGACAAUGAAGUAAGUGGAAGCAAAGAUGACGAGGGCGAUGGUGAUGUAGCCGAUGAAGAAGGAGAUACCUUAGCACCAAUGGAUGUGCCAUUAAUCCCAGUAGAGAAUAAAGAAUCACCAAAACAUGUCACCAAACAUACAAAACCAGAACCUCCACAUAAAUCUGAAAAGAAAAAGCAAAAAGAUAAAAAGAAAGUAACAAAGGCGAAACAUUUAAAAAAAGAAAAGCAUACGAAGCAUUCAAAAUUGAAGCUCAAAAGAAAGAAAACUAAACAUAACAAACAAAAGCAUCAAGAACACCAUAAACACCAUAAUCACAGGCACAAAGACAAAAGUAAGUAUAUGUUAACAGUCGCGUAAUUAUGACACACCCACUACUAAGAAUGUAUGUUUCUUCCAAAAUUUCUAUUGUUAACGGUCAAAAAAGUAUCAAAGAGCUGGAAACGUUUUACCAUUAUUACCAUUAUUAUAAAGCAUUUUCUAAAACGGCGCUCAACUUUGCAUUGAUUUUAGAUAUUGCACAAAUCAAUACAACUUUACAUUCUUCUUUCUCUUCAAUAGAAAACGAAGAUGAUGAUGCUGAUGCAUUUAACGUCAACAAAUUAUUUCCCCCAAAGAAACACGACUGGAACAAAUUCGACCCAAAUGCCCAUCCCUGGAUCGGAACUCAGUAUUCAGACUCAAAGCAAGCAAAACCGUGGUUCAUUCGUCCUGCCGGUCAAGCACACAGAAAACUAUUGAAAUAGCCAAUAAAAAUUUUCGUUUCCAUUGUCCUUUAAAAUCUGCUGACUGAAUUGAUAAUACCAAAAUGCCGGAGUAGCUAUUUUUCGCAAGCUACAAUAUCUGUUAAUAUACUUAUUGUUGUUAUAUGGUCGUUUGAAACGCUUGGUAAUACAACUUACUAAUGUCAAAACGAAAUAUAUUAAAUCAAUAAGUGGAAUUCAACAUGCUACAGUCAGGCGAUAGAAAGGGGGAGAUAGUACACAACUUCCUCCACUACCUCUCUGCAAAUACCUUUUCCCAGAACUGAAAAUCUAAAAAAAAGUUUUUCUUAUGAUGGGGCGAAAUUGUGGAAUUCCUUACCCCCAGAGUUGCGUGAUUCGGAUUCAUUGCUGAUAUUUAGAAAUGGAAUUACAGCUGCUCACAAUUUUACGUAAUUUAUUGUAAAUAUAGUUAUUAUACAUAGCCAUACUAAUAGGUUAAUUUUUGUAAAUAUUUUUGUAAAUAUUUUUAUAUUGAUGUAAUGAACACGCCCCUCGUGGAAAUCAGCGAAAGUUGACGAGGCUAGCGUGUUGUUUUAAAUAAAGUUUAUCUACCUACCUACCUACCUACCUAUCCACACUACAGCUAUACACAAUGGCAUACAGUAAUAUGAGUACACCAGCGAAUAUUCUUAAAGAAAGUUAUUUUGCUAAUGAUCAUAUUUUCAUACAUACAGUGACAAUAAAAGUAAAUCAAACUGACUACGUUAAGUUUAUUUACAGGUAUAUAUGCUAACAGUACAUACCAUAAUAAAACUGGGAUCCAUAUUUAUAAUCCCAUUGCUUCUUCAAAAUGAAUGGUCUACUUAUCUAAAUUGCACUGCUGUGUGUAGUCUGUGCUAAAUGAUCUAGCCUGUUUUCUUCUGCAAGCCUAUAUUGUAAAUUAGCUGAUGAUUUCAUUGGUUCGAUGCAAGUGUUUUUACUCUGCUAAUAGAAUCAUCCAUAAUUCAUAAAGAAUAAAUAUUUAUCCAGUGAAUUUCCAUAAUACAGCAGAGAAACAUGAUGGUAUUUCAAAAACAACUAUGAAGCGCAUUACACAUUGAUUCUAUAAAUCAUGUGUAUCACAAAGACAUACACACAUUUGAAUUUACCACAACACCCUCGACAGCACCAGGGGAUAUUACAAUGGCAAGGUUGAAUAUUAAGAUUUUUGGUACGUAGACCAGAUGUAAACACGUGAUCCAUAAAUAUGAAUGGAUUUGUAGUCGUGCACCAUACGCAAAAUGAACAAGAUCGCCAAAAUAGCGAUGUUUUUACAAUAAUAUAAUGUAAAUGACAAAAUCAAGCAACAAAUGACAAGAAAUAGAGAACAAUUAAACCUAAUAUGAAAAUUCGGGAUUUCUUGAAUUUUCUUCCCGAUUUCCCUUCGAAUAAAAACAAAAAGUCGUCGGAUGUUCGAGCUGACGACAAUUUCCGAUCAAAUUCAUCAUCCCCAGUCCUCUCAUCAACUUCGGAAUAACUAUUUUAAGGAAUGUUGCAUGAGCGAAUGCUGGUUUGGGAGAAGAAGAGCCUGCAGUCGCUUCUAAUAAAUUUUCGUGCCGCCCUUAUAAUAAAUUCAAAUUCGCUCUAUAGAUUGACCAAUCAUAUCAGAGCAAAAUUUUGUUGUUUAUUUCCUGCGAAAUGUCAAUCACGUUGCCAAAGUAAAUUCACCAUAACUUCUGCAGAUUGUCGAUUUCAAUAAAUAUAUACAGGGAUGGCAAACAUCCGAGUUGUUGAUAAAAGCAAUUCAGUGACAAAAAUUGGAACUGUUAAAGUUAGAGACAUUUGUUUCUCUCGGAUGAGUUUCUCUCGAGGGAACUAA